CUCACGCAGGAGCGCGGUACAGGGGGACAGGGUGGAUGGAGUUCGUUUCGGCCAUCCUGCACGCGUCCUGCUCGAUGAAUUGACUACGAGGGUUAAGGAUUGAGACAGAAAGAUAGCAUAAGUAGACAAGUGGUACUUGUUCAGCCAUCAUCUGGCGCUGCCAUCUCGGCAACCAUGGUUCCUGUUCUUCCAACACACCUUGCCACUGUCUCCCUUCUCUCCUUUGUCGCACUAGUCUCGAGCGCUGCAAAUCGAGACAUCCUGCGGCCAGGAACCUCUCUCGCCAUCGAAGCCUACCAAAGUGAGAUCCUGCAAUCACCGGAUGGCACCUUCUCCUGUGGCUUCUAUGGCGUCUAUGACAACGCCUUCACCUUCUCAAUAUGGUACUCCAAGGCAGCCAACAAGACCGUCGUCUGGAGUGCGAACCGCGACCGGCCCGUCCACUCCAGGAGGUCAGCCCUGACCUUGCACAAGGAUGGCAACAUGGUCCUCACAGAUUACGAUGACGCGGUUGUGUGGCAAGCUGAUGAUGAUGGCAACUCCCGCAGAAAUGUUCAGCAUGUUCAGCUGCUGGACACUGGGAAUCUCGUAAUGAAGAACACCAGCGGCACGAUAAUAUGGCAAAGUUUUGAUUCACCGACAGACACGCUCCUACCAGCCCAGCGCAUCACGGCUGCGACAAAGUUGGUCCCAACAACCCAGUCACGUGCUCCUGGUAACUACAUCUUCCGUUUCAAUGAUAUAUCAGUGCUAUCACUUAUAUAUGAUGUUCCUGAGGUUUCGGAUAUAUACUGGCCAAACCCUGAUAACAGUGUGUACGAAAAUAACAGAAGCCGGUAUAACAGUACUAGAUUGGCAAUUCUAGACAAUAAUGGGAUCCUUGCAUCUAGUGAUUUUGCUGAUGGAGUGCUACUUAAGGCCUCUGAUGCAGCGCCAGGGAUUAGGAGAAGGCUAACUCUUGACCCUGAUGGUAAUCUCCGGCUGUACAGCCUGAACGACUCAGAUGGGGUGUGGUCAGUUUCAAUGGUAGCAAUCUCCCAACCUUGUACUAUCCAUGGUAUAUGCGGUCAGAAUGGAAUCUGUCAUUACUCGCCUGAACCAAUGUGUUCAUGCCCACCGGGUUAUGUGAUGACCAACCCGGGUAACUGGACCCAAGGCUGCACGGCUAGUUUCAACAUACCAUGUCAUGAUCAGGAACCUAUGAAGUUUGUGAAACUCCCGCACACGGAUUUCUGGGGAUCUGAUCAGAAGCGCCUUCUGGGAGUUUCCUUUGAGGCUUGUAGGAACAGUUGCAUCAAUGACUGCACCUGCAAAGGCUUUCAAUACCAGCAAGGUGCAGGGUCAUGCUACCCGAAAGCUCUUCUUUUCAAUGGAAAGAGCUGCGCGACACCCAGCGUGCGAACAAUAUAUCUCAAACUUCCUGCCAGGUUGAGUGUUUCAGGUACACCUAUUCCUCAGUCCAAUGUAUUGGAUCCCGCGCCUCCUCGUCUCGACUGCAAUCAGAUGAGCAAAGGAAUCAGACAUCCAUUUCCAGAUUUGCGCAAAACUGGGGAUGAAGAAUUAAAUUGGAUCUACCUUUACAGUUUCAUAGUUGCAAUUUUUGUUUUUGAAGUUUCUUUCAUGACAUUCGCAUGGUUCUUUGUCUUGAGAAGAGAGAUGAGGCCAUCAGAAAUGUGGGCUGCUGAGGAAGGUUACAGGGUGAUGACUAGCCAUUUUCGAAGAUACAGUUACAGAGAGCUUGUUGAGGCAACAAGAAAGUUCAGAGUUGAGCUAGGAAGGGGAAGCUCAGGCACUGUGUAUAAAGGUGUCCUAGAAGAUGAAAGGCCAGUGGCUGUGAAGAAGCUGGAAAAUGUAAGUCGAGGCAAGGAAGAGUUUCAAGCUGAGCUGAGCGUAAUUGGGAGGAUCUACCACAUGAAUUUGGCCAGAAUAUGGGGGUUUUGCUCAGAAGGGUCACACAGGCUGUUGGUUUGUGAGUACGUGGAGAACGGAUCCCUGGCAAACAUUUUGUUCAAUGACCAAAAGACUGUCGUGCUGGACUGGAAGCAAAGGUUUAAUAUCGCAUUGGGUGUCGCGAAAGGAUUGGCCUAUCUUCACCAUGAGUGCUUAGAAUGGGUCAUCCAUUGUGAUGUGAAACCUGAGAAUAUAUUGUUGGACACAAACUUUGAGCCUAAGAUCACUGACUUUGGGUUGGCAAAGUUGCUAAACAGAGGCGGAGCCACACAGAACAUGUCGCAGGUACGAGGAACAAUAGGUUACAUAGCUCCUGAGUGGGUUUCAAGCCUCCCAAUCACGGCGAAAGUCGAUGUUUAUAGUUACGGAGUUGUUUUGCUUGAGCUUUUAUCUGGGACAAGAGUUUCAGAGCUGGCUGUAGGUUCAGGUGCAGAGGUGCAUGGCAUGCUGCAGAAGCUUGUCAGGGUGCUUGCUGAUAAACUGGGAGGACAUGAAGAAUCAUCGAUUAAUGAAUUUGUUGACCCUGAAUUGGGUGGACGAUUCAGCUAUGUCCAAGCAAGAACAAUGAUCAAGUUGGCUGUUUCCUGCUUGCAGGAAGAUAGAAACAAGAGGCCAACCAUGGAAUCUGUAGUUCAGACUCUCCUGCCGUUUGACGAAGCUAGUAGUUAGUGCUUGGACUACCAUUGUUUGUGAAAUGUACGAAUAAGGUGAAGGGUACUUGACUGCAUUGUCAAGGAUGUAUAAUAGUUGCCAGGUGCCACUGUGAUGCAUUUUAACAUUGGAUAGGUGGGAUCCAGCCGUCUAGGUCACAGUGGUGAAAUUUCCAUGUUUUUCAUGCUAAUUUUGAGUUUGCAGAUAUCAUGUUAAUACAAAAGUUUGACAUAGUUUUGGAACAA